AUGUCUGGCUCGACCGAGGUGGAUACUGCACUCUAUCAACUGCAAACGGAGCAAGGCUCUCUUCUUGACAAGAUCGAUGAGCUUCGUACAAUUGGAGUCGGUGGACUUGUGGGAUUGCCGCAGCUCAUCGUCUGCGGUAACCAAUCCAGUGGUAAAAGCUCUGUUCUUCAGGCCAUUUCUCGUGUGCGUUUCCCAGUGAAGAGUAAUGUCUGCACUAGAUUCCCGACGGAGGUUAUUCUACGCCGCCAUCCUGAGUCUCGAUUCAAAGUUUCCAUCGAGCCUGGGUCAUCUCGGACGAGUAGAGAAGCUCGUCAGGCGAUUCAAGCAUUUGCACCGGCCGAGGUUACCAGCAGUGAUCAGUUGGAGUCCCUGGUUGAGAAAGCCAAAGAAUGUAUAGGAAUAACUAGCGAAGGAUUCAGCGAUGACAUUCUUAAAGUCGAAAUACUAGGACCUGACAAGCCCGAAUUAACACUCGUCGAUCUUCCGGGUCUCUACACAUCCCAUAGCACAUCUCAGGAUGAGAAGGGGAUCAUGAUCGUUCAUGAUAUCACUAAACGAUACAUGCGAAAUCAGCGCAGCAUCAUUUUGGCUGUAGUUUCGGCAAAGAAUGACUAUCAUAUCCAGAGAGUGUUGAAUAUGGCAGAGGAAUUUGAUAGAUCACGAGAGCGUACUAUCGGAAUCAUCACCCAGCCUGACAUGCUUGAAGCUCACUCAGAGGAAGAAGCAUCUUGGCUACAAAUUCUGAAGAACGAUAAAGUCCCUUUAAAGCUUGGGUGGCAUGUAUUGCGAAACAGAUCUUUUGAAACUCGCAAAGUAUCCGAUGAGGAAAGGGAUAGAAAAGAAAAGAAAUUUUUUGCAAAAGGAAAUUGGAGCUGUAUGAAAGCAGAAUGUAUGGGAGUCGAAAGAUUGCGACAUCGGCUAAGCACUGUUUUAUUAAAGCAUGUCCAACACAAUCUCCCAGGGCUCAUCGCUGAAAUCAACGAAAGAGUACUCGAUCGACAAUCAAGGUUAGCUAAAUUAGGCCCGCCUCGAUGCACUCUCCAGCAGCAGAAGGGGUUCCUACUCGACAUCAGCAGCAAUUUUGAGCGCAUCACCACUCAAGCUUUGAAUGGCAUGUACGAUGAUGAUUUUUUCGGAGAAAUUGACAACAGAACAGAACCUUUGCAUCAAGACCUUCGGCGUCUUCGUGCUAUUAUUCGCGAACUGAACGAGUAUUUUGUUGAUGCCAUGGAAACUGUCGGGUGUAGUCAAUUUAUCGCCGAGCAAAAUGCUUUUCUUCCUCAGCCCAUUUUGGAAAAUCCCUAUUCGCAUAUUAAUAGGCCAAAAUACAGGACCAGGCCUGAUGUUGAAAGUGACUUCAGCAUUCAAGCACGUCAAAAUCGAGGAAUUGAACUUCCGGGAAGUGCCAAUCAACUUUUGGUGGGAAAGCUGUUUCGAGAACAAUCUAAGCCAUGGGAGAAAAUUGCUCGAGAGCAUUUGACAAAUUGUUGGGACUCCGUCAGAGAUUUCAUCGGCCUCCUCUUGCAACAUCUCGCCAAUAAACACACCUACUCGCUCCUAAUGACAGAUUUUCUUGAUCCUGGGCUUGAGAAAAUGAAAGAUCAUUUAAUGGCAAAGUUGAAUGAGCUAACCGCCUAUAAUAAACGAGGUCAUCCAUUGCCUUUGAGCAAAGGAUUCCUCGCGAGAAUUCAGAAAGCGAGGAGUGAACGCCAAUUUGGUAGAUUGGAACGAGUCCUGCAAUCAGGAUCUUCUAAGGAUGGAUCUACUACUACUAUUGAGCGGCUUCGGCAAGCUGAUAAUGAGCUGGAUUUGUCAAACAAUCAGUUUGCAGCAGCUGAUAUUGUCGAUCAGAUGCAGGCAUAUUAUGAUACGGCUAUCAUCACUUUCGUGGACAAUGUUGCCACCCUUGGAAUUGAAAACUGUCUACUUGGACCGCUGGGAAGCAUUCUUACAAGCCAGACAAUCAACAACAUGGAAGACAAGCAGGUUCAAGACCUUGCUGCAGAGCCUUCUUUUAUAGCGGAUGAGCGAGCUCACCUAACCUGGGAAUUGGAGAAACUACAAGCUGGUUCGCGAACAUUAAGCAAAUUCAAUAUCCGGAAAAUUGCUGCAAAACCCACCUUUAUCAACCCUACAACUCAAUCUAACUCAGUGCUGGCUUCUCAAGCUGCUCGUGCUAGCUCGGGCCAUAACAUCUUCGGAUCAGUACCACUAGGAGGUCCAUCCCCUAUGAAAAGCUCUCCUGUGAAUUUGGGUACCAGCAGCGGUAUCUUCGGUUUUCCAAGAGACUCACAGCCCUCAUUCAGUAAGGCUCAGAGCCUGAGUUCUGAGUCUCCCAUCCUAUUUAGCUCGGACUCUGGGUCAUUGCAGAAAGGCAAAACUUCCUCUAGUACAUCGGGUUCGUCACUAUUUAGCUCGGUUACAGUUCCCAGCUUGAUCCCUAGCGCAUUUGGUGUGGCUUUGCCUGGCAAUUCACCCAAGCCCUUUUACACCUCUUCAGGCCAAUCAAACUCUUUCUCGUCAUUGCCUCCGACAGUCAUUCAAAAACAAGGCGAGAGCAUCGUGCCAGUUACUCAGUCGGACAACAGUCUCCAACGGUAG